AUGUACGUUAUCCUCUCCACCGAUUCCUAUUUUCCCAAAAACCCACCGCCUCCCAUUCUCUCAUCCACUUUACCCGUCUGCUUGCUUUUCAUUCACACCGGCAAAUCCUUCCCUACCGCCUCAUUUCUCACUCUUUCAACUCCAUCGAAAUAUCAAAGAUGGUGGGCAGCAAGCCGAUUUCUGAUUCCGGUCGUUCAUUGGUUGUGCUAUUCAUCAUCAGAAAUCGAUUAAGAGAGAGGCAAACAAUAUUUUCUCCAAUUUCUAUUCACCAUGACCCAUACAAUCGAACGCUGCCGACUCCCCCUUAUCAGAUUCUCCCCACCGCCUCCCUUAUCCGAUAUCUCCAUCCGUGUCGAAUCGGCCUCAUUUCCUCUGCACUUUCUACUCCGUCGCAACAACGCAACGAGGACACAGGAGGAUUUGAAUGGGUUAGUUGGAGACGUUGAGUACAGGUUUGGGAAGUGGAAAGACUGAACAAGGUUACUACUUUUGGAUGAGAAACAUGCCUAUAAGGCGUUCGAUGAAAUGCCUGAUCCGAUUAAGGUAUUAAUUCCAGGUAAUUUGGUUUGGGGGGAGACGGAAGGCGAGGGAAGACAGGGAAGAGUGUAGGAGCAGUUUUGAACACCGACUACUUGACAAAAAUCCUCAACGAAAAAUUUGGUCAAGAUUGUGUUUCUACUUGGUAAACUCUUCAUAAAUAUUUUCCUAAUAUGAGAGAAUAUAGUGACAAACUUAAAAGAUGUGAAGACCAACUCCAGACCAAAAAAUGGAGAAACAAUCUGAAGAAUUGAGGGGCAUAUCAGGUAGAUAUGAACAUGACAAGAAAGUUUGGGUGGCAAGCACACCACUGUGCUAACUCAGUUCCUUCCUGAUCUCAAUAACAUGGUUUCUGCAGUUCAAGCAAUGGGAAACACACAGGUGUUUUGCAGAUGACGUCCACCAAGCAAAAAAGAAACUUUGACCGGAUGGUCAACCAUGGUUGACUUUGAUUCAUCAUCAAACGGACAAUGCUUCACCAUUGGUGGCUUCACUUUUCAAUGUGUGCAUAUUUCAAAAUGGUGAAACAGAGACAGGAAAGACAUUUACCAUGGAGGGUAUUGAGGGAAAUCGAGGGGUUAGUUACAGAACAGUAGAGGAAUUAUUCAAAAUUGCAAAAGAAAGAAUUGAUACUUUUGCUUAGCAGUGGAACCUACAAAUGAUUAUGCACAAGAUUCACCAUCAAAGUUGUCUUCUCCUGGGAUAACUACAUGGGCCAAAAGUCUUGAAACUUCCACAACCUUUAGGAGGCAUAUAUGAUGAAUCUUCUUCAUCUGAAAACACUCCAACAAUGAUAAUGCGCAUGGAUGUUUCAUCUUCAGGAAAGUUGCCAAGUCCCGGGUGGUAUAUUGCUAAAGAUUUAUGUGGUGUUUAUUUGGCAAAAGAGCAGUUUUCCCUUCUAAUAAAUAAAUGAAUAAACUAUGUCGCUUAAUCUAAAUCUGACCCCCGCAAUGGCGGGGGGUACUUUUCUAGUUAAUAUAAAUUCUUAUUAGUUUGGAUUUUAUUUGUCAACUGAGACAUUUCUCGAGUUUUUUACUUGAUGCUUGUAAGCAGAAAAUUAAAAUAUAUU